AUGAGCCCAAAUACGUUGGCUCCUAAUGACAUCCUCACGGAUGACAAUUACUUCAUGUGGGAAUUUAAUGCACGCAUGACACUCGCGCGCAAGGAUCUUUUGGAUCACGUUUUGAUUAAGCCAGAGCCGGCAGUGCUGCGGGAGAAUCCCGGAUGGAAAGUCGCCGAUAUGAAGGCUCUGGCUGUACUGGUGAAACUACUCUCUCCAACCUAUCAGUGCAUGGUUCGGGAAUGUGAGUCUGCGUUUGAAGCUUGGGAGGUUCUGAAGACGUUCUUUGCGAAGAAAAAUCUUCACAACCGAGUGCAACUUCGGAAAGAAUUACAUGAAUUUGUGAUGGAGACUGGUGCGAGUCUUAUGGACCAUCUACUAAAAUUUGAUGAGCUGUGUCUCAAGCUCGGAGCUGCCGGUGACAGCAUAAAUGAUGAUGAAAAGCUAGUUUUGCUUUUGAGAAGUUUAUUAUCCGAAUAUGAUGAUAUGGUGCGCAUCAUUGAGGCACACAGCAACGUGACGCUGUUAGACGCAAAAGAGAUGCUCCGCCGGGAGUAUGACACUCUUCAGAAGCGAGACAAGAAGGAAACCGCUUUUAAGGCACACGCUCAACGUAAUGAACCUCGACGCUUUCAAAGUAACCGAGGACACCGUGGUCAAGAAGAAAAUCGAGAUCGCUACCAAACUUCGAGGAAAGGAAAAGCUUAUGCGAUCCAUUUGCCACAGUGA